CCCCCAGCCCGGCCGAGAUGACCCCCCUGCCAGCCGGCAACGGCAGCGCCUGGGGGGCGGCAGCGCUGGGCAGCGGCAGCAACUGCAGCGGGGCGGCCAGCCUGAGCAGGCAGUGGGCGGUGGGGGCCGCCCUCAGCCUCACCGUGCUGGUCAUCGUGGCCGGCAACUUGCUGGUCAUCGUGGCCAUCGCCAAGACGCCGCGGCUGCAGACCAUGACCAACGUCUUCAUCACCUCGCUGGCUUGCGCCGACCUCAUCAUGGGCUUGCUGGUGGUGCCGCCGGGGGCCACCAUCCUGCUGAGCGGCCACUGGCCCUACGGGACGAUGGUGUGCGAGCUGUGGACCUCGCUGGACGUGCUGUGUGUCACGGCCAGCAUCGAGACGCUGUGUGCCAUCGCCGUGGAUCGCUACCUCGCCAUCACGUCGCCGCUGCAGUACGAGGCGCUGGUGACCAAGGGCAGGGCGCGGGCCGUGGUGUGCCUGGUGUGGGCCAUCUCUGCCUUCAUCUCCUUCCUGCCCAUCAUGAACCACUGGUGGCGGGACGGGGCGGACGAGCAGGCGGUGCGCUGCUACGAUGACCCGCGCUGCUGCGACUUUGUCACCAACAUGACCUACGCCAUCAUCUCCUCCACCAUCUCCUUCUACGUGCCCCUGCUCGUCAUGAUCUUUGUCUACGUCCGUGUCUUCGCCGUGGCCACACGGCACGUCCAGCUCAUCGGCAAGGACAAGGUGAGGUUCCUGCAGGAGCCCCCCAGCCCCAGCUCCAGGAGCAGCCGGCGGAGACGGCCCUCCCGUCUGCUGGCCAUCAAGGAGCACAAGGCGCUCAAGACCCUGGGCAUCAUCAUGGGCACCUUCACGCUCUGCUGGCUGCCUUUCUUCGUGGCCAACAUCAUCAAGGUCUUCUGCCGGCCGCUGGUGCCAGACCAGCUCUUCCUCUUCCUCAACUGGCUGGGCUACGUCAACUCAGCCUUCAACCCCAUCAUCUACUGCCGCAGCCCCGACUUCAGGAGCGCCUUCCGCAAACUGCUGUGCUGCCCGCGCCGCGCCGACCGCCGGCUCCAUGCCGUCUCGCAGGACCUGCAGCGCUGCCCCUGUGCCUUCAGCCCCCAGGGGGUCCCCUCCGAGGACAACAAGGCGGUGGCCCCCCGGCACCCUGGGGAGGACGACGAGGCACCGGGCAGCGGCAGCAGCAGCCACUGCAGCAGCCAGACGGAGGAGACCAGCCUGUCCCAGGGCAGUGGCCACCAGCCGCGGCCCCUGGGCGAGUCCCGGCCACAGGGCACCCAGACCACGCUGUGCUCGCAGCUUGACGAGUUUGCCGGCAGAGAGACGCCAGCGGGUCCUUCCAUCUGA